AUGCCGAUCUUGGCCGACAAGAUCCUUGUGUUCAUGGAACUCAUGUUCUUAUGGGACAGACAAACAACCGUGUGGCUGAAGCCCCUUCCUAAACCCCCCAGGAAGGGGAUGGAGGAGCCAGCGUUCAAACCAGGCACACGGAUGCCAAGGCACCCGCCGGCGGCUUCUCCAAGGUCAGGUGGGCCCCCUCCCAGUGCCUCCGUCCUGCAGUGUGACCGUCUUUAUCAGUUCCACGGUGUCAGACUAAGAGCCAGACUUGAUAGAGUUGCUAUAUGUGACAGGCAUAUGAUGUUGCAAAUAUGGUUGCAGAGAGGGAAGCCCUGCAGGGCACCGCUUACCUCGAAGUAAACCUUCUGCCAGAAGCAUGGCUUGAUGUUCGAGGUCGUUGAUCUGAGGUGGGGUAUGCAGAACACUGAGGCCACCAACUACCUGACCACGGAACUCUGCUUGGAGGAGGUUGACCGGUGUCGGAAAACAUCCAUAGGACCUGCUUUUGUUGCCCUCCUGGGGGUCCUGUACGGCCCCUGUCUGCUCCCCGCGCUGAUCGAGGAGAAGGAGUGGGAGGCAUUGAGGGCGCAGCUAACUGCCAGGCUGAAGGACCUGGAACUGGUGGCACAACACUUCCGGAGGGACGAGAAUGCCAUCCCCCCCAUCUACGUCCUGCAGGCACCGGGUGCCAGGGAGGCCCUCGGGCCCAAGGAGGCCACCCUGACCUCUGUCCUACACUCCGGAGCCCAGGGGGCCCGGAGGCUCGGCCUCAUCUCGCAGGAGCAGUGGCACCACUACCACCGGUCAGAUCCCCAGUGUGGAGAGCAGAGGCACAAUCCCUGGACCACCAAGCCUCAGAGCUUGCUGGAAAUGCAAACUAAGCUGGAGCUGGGGGUGGCCAGGCAGGAGUUGGGGUGGCUCUACCAGGAGAUCAGCCACCACCUUUGGCAGAGUGCAGAGGCCACCUGGACCUUCUGUGGACACCAGGAGCUCCUGGCCCAGCUUGGGCAGCGGCUCAGGCAGAACAACAGCAAGCCCCACACCCCACUGGUGCUCUCAGGUCCUCCGGGUGUUGGAAAGACAGCCUUGCUGUGCGAGUUGGCCGAGCAGAUGCCAGGGCUGCUUGGCCACAAGACGGUGACCGUCCUGCAGCUGCUGGGGACGUCACAGAUGAGCUCAGAGACUUGCAGCCUUCUUAAGGGCAUCUGCCUCCAGGUGUGCCUGGCCUACGGGCUGCCCCUGCCCCCCGACCAAGUCCUGAAUGCACACACUAGGGUGCUCCAGUUUUUCCACAUCCUCCUCCGCACGGUAUCCUGCAGAAACUUCGAGUCCCUGGUGCUCCUACUGGAUUCUAUGGAUGAUCUGGACUUGGCCCACCGCACUAGGAGGGUCCCCUGGCUGCCUCUCACGUGCCCCCCGAGGGUGCACCUCAUUCUCUCGGCUGGCUCGGGGGAGCGGGGGGUUUUGAACACCAUGCGGCAGAUGCUCACAGACCCCGGGGCUUACUGGGAGGUAAAGCCCCUCUCAGGAAACCUAGGGCAAGAGAUGAUCCAGCUCCUGUUGGUGGCUGCAAGAAGGAUGCUGACCCCUGUGCAGAGGGACCUGCUUUGGGUCAGCCUUCCGGAGAGCGAGCAACCGGGGCGGCUGAGGCUGGCCUUCGAGGAGCCCCGGAAAUGGGCCUCCUUUUCCAUGCCAGCCUCUUUAGCCGCCACGGCCGAGGAAGCGACACACCAGCUCUGCACCCGCCUGGAGCAGACACACGGGCAGCUCCUCGUGGGCCACAUGCUGGGCUACAUCGUUUUUUGCCGGAAGUGUCACACACCACCCCCUUGGACUCUUUUCUCCCCAAAUCCCUUCCCCUACCCCAGCCCUGGCCAUGGGGGACGAAGGGUGGCCCCGCAACCCCUGUGGUUCUCGGACACGGUUGCGAACAUGCGGAAGCUGGAGGAGUUGCCCUAUCACCUGCUCUACUUGGGCCGCUGGGAGGAGCUGAAGCAGGAGGUGCUGGGCAGCAUGAGCUGGAUUUCUUGCCAGGGCAUCUCCGGGGACACUGAGGACCUGCUGGAUGAUUUCGACCUGUGUGCCCCUUACCUGGACUGUCCUGAGGUCAGCCUGGUCCGUGAAGCCCUCCAGCUCUGCCGCCCGGCCGUGGAGCUCCUAGGCAUGGACAGGAGCCUGUUGUACACGGAACUCCUGGCCAGACUCUAUUUCUUCACCCCCUUGCAUGAAGCACUGGUGGGGCCGCUGUGCCAGCAGGCCCAGAGCUGGUUCCGGGUGUGCCCACACCCUGUGCUGGUGCCCCUUGGAGGAUUCCUCCAGCCCCCGGGAGGACCCCUCCAGGCGACCCUGACUGGAUGUCACAAAGGCAUCACUGCCAUGGCGUGGGGUGUGGAGGAGAUGCUGCUGGUGAUUGGCACCGAGGAUGGCAUCGUGGCUGUGUGGGACAUGGAAGAGCAGCAGGUGAUGCACAUUCUAACUGCACACACAGGAGAGGUGAGGUGUGUGAAAGUGUUUGCCAACAGGACCCUCUCCAUCUCUGCUUCAAAGGACCACAUGCCGUGCUUGUGGAAUUUACUCUCUGGCUAGGAGAAAUUCACCAUUUGGGAUGGAGCCUCAAAAACUCCCACUGAACCUCAGAUCUGGAGCCUUCACAUGGAUGAAGCAAACAAGGUUGUAUAUUCGGCAUCUGGCUCAAAGGUUUCCUCCGAAGGAGACAGGUUGCUGGAGAAGCUUCCAGAUGCUGUGGGGUUCCUGGUGGUCUCUGCAGAUGAGUCCCUUCUCGCGGCAGGGUUUGGAAGAUCCGUGCGCAUAUUCUUGGCCACCGAUCUGCAACACGGGGACACAGUCCAGACAGCCGUUUUUGGUCCUAAGAACAACCUGAUCGUCACUGGGUCCCUCGAUGCACUCAUUCAGGUGUGGAGUCUGUCGGAACAGGGGACCCUGCUGCACAUCCUCGAUGGCGUUGGGGCCCCUGUGAGCCUGCUGUCCCGGGGUGGGGCUUUGGUGGCAUCUGCUUCCUGGCAGUCCUCAUCUUUCAAAGUCUGGGAUCUCAUCAAUGCUCAGAAACCCCAAGAAUCUACCCCCUUUCUGGACCGCGCUGGCCUCACUACAGUGUCCCACAAUGGAAGCUACGUGUACUUCCCCAAAAUUGGGGACAAAAACAAAGUCACCUUUUGGGACUUGACAGAAGGUGAGGAACAAGACGUCCUGGACACUUCCAAUGAGGUCGGGUGUCUGGAGGUUGCUGAGCAGUUCAAGCUCCUUUUUACUGGCCUUGUUUCAGGGACUGUCCUGGUGUUCCCCCUGAAUUCCAGGCAGGAUGUGAUGUGCAUCGCCCCUCCCGAGGCCCGAACCGUCAACUGCAUGUCCUUGAGCAAGGGUGAGGACCGCUUGGCUAUUGCCUAUGACAGCAUCGUCCUGGUCCUGGACAUCAGCCCUGGGGACCCCUGUCUGGUCAUCGAUGGGCCAACAUACACCUUUUACACCCAGCUGCCCGAGACUAUAUCCAGCGUGGCUGUGCUGAGUGACUACCGCGUGGUCUACGGCAUGACUAAUGGCGACCUCUUCCUCUACGAGUGCACAAAUUCCAAAGUGUUCCCCUUACAGGUGCACAGGAGCUGAGUCACCUGUGUGGAGGUCGGCCACAAGGAGCAGCUGGAGGUCAGUGGGUCCGAGGAAGACUUGCUGUGUCUCUGGGACCUGCAGGCGUGCCAGUGGAAAUUCGAGAUGAGCUACACGGUGCGUGGCCCGCCACACCCUGGUCCUGCUAGAUCCUGGCUUUGGAAAACCAAUAAACAGCCAUCAUUUAUUAAGUUCGGUGGGGGGGGGGGGACCAGGGUGGAACGAGGAUGA